AUGCGUGAUUUUGUUCAAACAUUUGUGGAGAAACUUAAAGUGGAGGAAAACAGAGAUAGAGUCUCUUUGGUUCAGUACAGCACUGAACCAGAGGCACACUUCUAUCUUAACACUUACACAACCAAGAAACCCAUUGUUGACAGCGUAAGAAGUUUGAGGCACAAAGGAGGUAGACUCCUUAACACAGGAGCAGCUCUCCAGUAUGUCAAGGACAACAUAUUUUCUCCCUCCUCUGGAAGCAGACGCCAGGACGGCGUCCCUCAGAUUCUGAUUCUAUUCAGUGGAGGAAAGUCUAACGAUGAAUACAGUGACACAGCAGAGGUCAAUUUCAAGUUGGAUACCCAUUCAACAAAAGAUGAAAUUAUUGAUGCGGUGAAAGGAGGAAGGCCCUUAAACACUGGAGAAGCUCUUGAUUAUGUAAAAAACUAUGUAUUUACUUCCACUUCUGGAAGUAGACUUGUAGAAGGAAUCCCUCAGAUACUAAUACUUUUAAGUGGGGGGAAAUCCGAAGAUGAUGUUCUGGUUCCAUCUCAGCGUCUGAAGGCAGCAGGAAUUGUGAUUUUUACUGUUGGGGUCAAAGACGCAGAUGAAGCAGAGAUGCAGAGCAUUGCACACAGUCCGAAUCAAGCAUUUAUGCUUAGAGAGUUUUCUGACCUCUCGCCCGUUAAACAACAGUUGCUCUCAGCAGUUAUCUCUCACAAAGAUACAGUAAGACCGGGAUUAGUUCAAGGCUCCAGUGUGAAAAGAGACAUUGUUUUCCUCCUGGAUGGAUCUGAUGAUGUCAGGAGUAAAUUCACAGCAAUUUGUGACUUUGUUGCAAAAUUUGUGGAAAGUUUUGAUGUGGACCAGGGUAAAGAUCAAGUUGCUGUUGUGCAGUAUAGCAACACUGCAGUAAUGAACUUUAACCUGAACACUUACAAAACAGGAGAUGAUGUGGUAAAAGCAGUCAGAAACCUGAGGCCAAAGGGUGGGAGGCCUCAAUAUACUGGCACAGCUCUCCAGUUUUUGAAACAGUGGCAAGUGACGGAAAUAUGA